AUGGCCAGCUCCAACAGUGCGCUCAAGAUCUUUUCGGGCAAGUGCCAACCCCUCACCUUGCUUCCCGCGGGCCGACAAGGAGAAGGAGAAACGCGCUGCUGACCGCCGCGAACGGACGCUCGCACAGGCACGUCGCACCCGGAACUGGCGCAACUCAUCUGCCGUCGCCUUGGACUGCCGCUCGGCAACUCGAGCAUCGUCACCUUGCCCUCGGGAGAGCUUUCGUAAGUGAGAGCUCAUCUCGCGCCAAACUCGGACCACGUUCGUCCUGUACUGCUCGCUGACUUUGGCACUCCUCCCUGUCUCGCACCCGCCGCGACUUUGCACGUGAUGGUCUCUCCUGAACCGUCGGCAUGGCGCUUCGCGACACAGCGUCACCUUCCACGAGUCCGUUCGUGAAGCCGACGUCUACAUCGUCGCCACCGCUUCCUCCGAUGAGACCGGCACCAAUGGCGCCUUGAUGGAGUCAGUCCCCCACCCUCGUUCGCGGUCAUCGUCGUCGUCGUCGUCGUCGUCGUCGUCUUCCCCCUCGGCGACGCGGACAUCUUCCGACAUCACGAUGAGCGCGAACUUAUCGUUUUCUUGUACUCUGAUAGACUCUGCAUCAUGGCCCACACCCUUCGGAUAGCCUCGGCGCGAAGGAUCACCGCCGUUGUGUGAGUUUGACCCGCUAAACCCCCCGCUCCGGAGAGAUUCGGCUCUCGUUCGUCGGGGCUAGGGGAUACACCACGUGCUCACGGAAAUCCCCGGUCGAGUCCCCGAUCGUCACAUAUAUUUGGUGCUCAUCAUUGCUUCGUGGCCCUUUUCUGGUGUUCGCUUUCCGCCCAGAUAGUCCUCAUUUCCCUUACGCUCGCCAGGACAAAAAGGACAAGUCCCGCGCUCCGAUCACGGCCAAGCUCGUCGCCAACAUGCUCGUGCGUGGAGCCGGUAUCGAUCACGUCAUCGUGAGUGGUGGUACCACCUUCUCUCGUCUGUCAAAACAUUCUGACGACUCGUUCUGCGAUACCGUGGUUCCCUCGGCACUUUCUCGAGCAGACGAUGGACCUGCACGCCAGUCAGAUCCAGGGCUUCUUUGACAUUCCCGUCGACAAGUGAGUACGCUCCGAUCUCACAAUGACUCAAGGCUAUAUUCGAGUGACUGACGUUCCGCCCUCCUCUUCCCCUGUGCAGUGUGAGCUUGCCAGUCGAGACCUCGGCGAAAAUGAAAAAGCCGUCCCCCGCCAAUCCUGAACUGAACCCUGCCCACCCCCUUCCCCACUUCCGCAGCUCUACGCCGAACCGACGAUGUUGCAAUACCUCCGCGAGACAAUGGGCCAAGAGAUCCGCAACGCCGUGAUCGUCUCCCCCGACGCCGGUGGCGCCAAGCGCGCGUCGUCCAUGGCCGCCGCGCUCGACCUCGACUUUGCGCUGUUCCACAAGGAGCGCAAAAAGGCGAACGAAAUCGCGCGCAUGGUGCUCGUCGGCAACGUCGAGGGUAAGACCGCGAUUCUGAUCGACGACAUGGCCGACACGUGCGGUACGCUCGCGCUCGCGGCCAAGCAUUUGCUCUCGGGUGGGGCCAAGACCGUGCUCGCUUUGGUCACGCACGGAAUCCUGUCCGGUCCGGCGUUGAAGGUGCUCGGGGAGAGCCAGAUCGAGAAGCUGAUCGUGACCAACUCGAUCCCGCAACGGGCGCACCGCGAAGGGUGUGCGAGGUUGCGCGAGAUCGACGUCAGUCACGUCCUGGCCGAGGCGGUGAGGAGGUCCCACUACGGCGAGAGUGUCAGCGCGCUCUUCCACGUCGUACCGUUUACCCCGGUCAGUCUGGACUCGUAAACAGGUCCCACGACAUGAGAUUGCGUCUGCUCAUCAUUUGCCUGGGCUUUCUUUGUGACUACAGGCAACAAGACUUGAUUACGCCCAAAGCGCGGACGAGGCGGUCAAGGCCAAGGUUCCGAUCAUGCUCAACAACGGCCAAGUCGUCAACGUAUAG